CAGUGUCGCCUGUGUCAGCAGCUGCAGCAGGUCGCGCGGCUCCGGCCCCAUCAGGGUGCGCGCGGGGGAGGCGAGGCGCUCGAGCAGGGCGCGGGGCACGAUGUCCGACGCGGGCGGCGGGAAGAAGCCGCCUGUGGAGCCGCAGGCGGGGCCGGGCCCGGGGCGUGCUUCGGGGGAGCGGGGCCUGUCGGGCUCCUUCCCGCUGGUGCUGAAGAAGCUGAUGGAGAACCCCCCGCGCGAGGCGCGCCUGGAUAAGGAAAAGGGGAAGGAAAAGCUGGAGGAAGAUGAGACGGCGACAGCCAGCACCAUGGCCGUUUCUGCCUCCCUCAUGCCACCCAUCUGGGACAAGACCAUCCCCUACGAUGGCGAGUCUUUCCACCUGGAGUACAUGGACCUGGAUGAAUUCCUGCUGGAGAAUGGCAUCCCUGCCAGCCCCACCCACCUGGCCCAGAACCUGCUGUUGCCUGUGGCUGACCUAGAAGGGAAGGAGUCCGCCAGCUCCUCCACAGCCUCUCCACCAUCAUCCUCCACUGCUGUGUUUCAGCCCUCUGAAACGGUGUCCAGCACAGAAUCAUCCCUGGAAAAGGAGAGGGAGACUCCAAGUCCCAUUGACCCCAACUGUGUGGAGGUCGAUGUGAACUUCAAUCCUGACCCCGCUGACCUGGUCCUCUCCAGUGUGCCUGGUGGAGAGCUUUUCAACCCUCGGAAGCACAAGUUUGCAGAGGAAGACCUAAAGCCCCAGCCCAUGAUCAAAAAGGCCAAGAAAGUCUUUGUCCCAGACGAGCAGAAGGAUGAAAAGUAUUGGACAAGGCGCAAGAAGAACAAUGUGGCAGCUAAAAGGUCCCGGGACGCCCGGCGCCUGAAGGAGAACCAGAUCACCAUCCGGGCAGCCUUCCUGGAGAAGGAGAACACAGCCCUGCGAACGGAGGUCGCCGAGCUUCGCAAGGAGGUGGGAAAAUGCAAGACCAUCGUGUCCAAGUAUGAGACCAAGUACGGGCCUUUGUAACCUGUGCCCCCGCCCGGCAGGGCACUGCCUGCACUUCAGACCUCUGCCUGGGGCUCCCUGGACCCCACACUCGUGUGGAGACUUAGGACUUGUCAGGGGAGCGCAGUGGCGCACCUGCUCUGGGAGCGUUCACGUCUCAGCUUCAUUAUAACAUGGCUAGCGCACGUGGUGAUUUCUCCAGGGGACCAGCCUCCUUCUCUGAUGGGGAAUGUGAGUGAAUCUACGUAGACGGCUGAAUGACCCAAGUUUCUCUUCUUGGAUGUCCCGGCUGAAUCAGAAGGGGACCUCUGGAGUCCAAGUCUCCUUUUACAGAGUGCUCAGGCUUCCCUAGCCUCCCCCUCAGUCUCCAGUCUGGGCUGACAAGGGCUGUCUACAGAAUGAGUCAUGAUCAUUGUCACCCUAAUGUCGUCUCAGGUAGCAGGUGCAUUUCCACUUGGGGUGUGUCUGUCAUGCCCUUUACCCUCCCCAGAGAGUCUUUGAGAGAAACAUCUAUUCCUGUCUGUCUCAGAGGCAGGACAUACCAAUUUCCCUGUUAGUGAGUUCAGGGUGGCAGGCCAUGGGAGCGGGGUCUCUGCACAGCCUGGAGUGGAGUUGGGGUAUGGGGCUUGCAGCAGAAGUACACCCAACCAUUCUUUGCUCCCAUGUCCCUUUUCUCUUGUAACUCUUAAGGCCCGAGGAGGCCCUGGGGAUCGGCUCCCUCUCAUUCCACCUGCUGUGGAGAAGAAACUCACAGGAUGGCUAUUCUCCAGGCUCUGAUUGCCAGCACCAAGGGAGGCCUUCAUAUCUCCUUUCCAGGCCAGUUUUUGGAGGCCCCUGACUCCCACUAGCCUGGCCUCUGGUUCUUUUCACCCAGUAACCAUUCUCAGAUCUUAGAUUUAACAGAAAUCUCCCUUCACUUAGGAAGCUUGAACUUCCUAGUCCCAGGGUACCACUUUUGCAUGGUGUUUAGGAAACUGGCUCCACGGCCCCUAUGCUCUGGACACCAGAGCAAGGGGCUGUCUCUCCAGAAGCUCCCAUGUUUUCUUGCUCUGCUCACCAGUGAGCCCCAGGCCAGAAUCCACAAUCCCUGAAGGUAGAGAGGGCUUCCCAGUUCGCAGAUCAGAAUCCCUCCUUUGCGAGCCUCCCAGGGCAUGUCAGCAAUGCAGGGCACCUUGCUACGAGUUGCCAAAGUCACAGUGCAGCUCUCAUGAGAUGGCAGGCUCUUGAGACAUUGACACUGGCCUAAGUCCCUCAGUCUUGGUCCCAGGAGUCUGGAUGUCCACUCAGGCCUGCCCCUAGGGUGGAGUGAGCCUCGCAGCUGUGGCUUUCUCUGUGCCACAGUUCUCCCCUUCUCUUCUGUUUGGCUGGGCUUGUCCUCUUGUUCUAUCUGAAGGAUUGGCUGAGGAAGGUCAUGGAACCCUCUGCUCAUUUGGGUCAGUUGGGGUACCCUCCACAUGGGUGUGUUUAUUUGCUCAGGGCAGCAGCCUGUGUGAAGAAGAGGCAGAGGUGAUGGGGUGCUUUUAUGCUUAACACUGGCUUUAUUUUAUAUGGUGGCUCAGUCUGGGGCCCAAUCCCUCAAGACUUUUCAUAACUGACGUUAAGACCAGGGAAAGCAGUCUACUGGGCCAUGGACUGCAGCCAGGAGAUGCCCUGGUCCACCUGGGACCUGCACACCCAACUCUCUAGGGGGGACUAGACAAAGGUCCCUGAGGCCAAGGGAGGUCUCUUUCCCACUAGGCCCCAGACUUUGACUUCGUGGUUCUCUAGAAACCAUGUGCACACUUGUCACUCUGUUGUAACCACACAGGGCAGUUGCACCCAGCAUGUCGGUGCCCUGCCCAGGCUGCCUGCCUGCCACCUGCCCGGCGCUCUCCCUCUGGGCUGGCUGCUCACCCAGAGGGAGCUCUCACUUUGUUGUUGGUGGACAAACCUUGAGCUGAAAAGCUCUUCAUUUUCUUUGUCUAGAAAAUGUAAGGUUUGUGUUUUUUAAGUUUUAAUUUUUAAGGGAUGGAUACUUUAUCCUUGGAUGGCAUCUGUGUGCUGACCCCAUGGAUGGGAUGGGGUUUGAUGUCUCCCCUUGGUCCCGCCGUCUGCCUGUGGUGCCCUCCUUUCCUUCCACCAGGCAGGGGUGUCUGCUUCCUUCCCAGAGUGUUUGUUUGGAAAGAGUGCAGCUACUCGCUCCUUGAAAGAGACCAUUUGAGUCAGAAGCCUGGCAGGGACAGGAAGGAGCAUGUCUGGAGGUUGACGUCUCGCGAAAGGACAUGAUCAAGUAAGCUUGCCGCCUCUGCUGGCCUUAGGAACCAAGGCCAUGCAGAAAGGGUUGGUCCCUGCUCUGUAUGCCUUGCCAAGAGUCUCCUGACUCCAGAGGCCUGAGGCUCCUGCUCAGAUCUUUGAGAUCUAAAGAGUACCAGGAAGCCAACUUCAGUCUGGCGUUCCCUGAGUGUACCUUGGUCGAGAAGUGUUGUCCUGUCUUCAGCUUCUUGGCAGCCUUGUUUCAACAUCAGAAGAGAUGAGUGAAUGAGUCAGGAUGCCGAAAGCGUGCACACAGAAGAAAUGUCUAGAUAAAGAAUAUGGACGUUCAGAGAAAGCCAGCAACCCCGUGGACCACCUGUCUGGGUAAUGGUAUCCUUGGCCAGAGGCCAAGCUUUGCUCAUCUGGCUCCUGUGGUUGAGGAAUGCACUAGGCAGUGAACCUGACCCCUGGUCUGCACUUCCUAUUGAGAGGGUGCUGUGGCCUGCUUUCCACUCCUGGAUCCUCCAGCCUGGGGGCAGAGGGGAAACUCUCCAUGUGGCCCUGGGAGGUUUGUCCCCUACAACACAAAGGGCCAAGGAGCUUCUGAUGAUUUUCAUGGCAAAGCUCCACCCCAGAGCUUCUUUAACAUCUGUUAAUUAAAGUGCAAUAAAUUUUUCUAGAAAAUGGCAAAGAUGAUUUCCAGGUAGAGAUUGUUAUCUUUUGGUGUUGGAAUGCCAGAACACCACUUGGUUUUAUUUUUCUAAGUGCAUGUGAUGUGAUAGAGUGUGUGGGGCUCUGCAUCCUCCCUGGGAGUCGGCAUUCCACUGGCCCCUCUCCUUGCCUUUGUUGGGUGAAAGAGGCCAGGAGCAAACCCUGUCCCAGCUGCAGAGGCAGAAGCAGACCGCAGCCCAUUGGCCUUAUGUGUGUGUGCGUGCGCGUGUGUCACUGCUAGUGGGCCAGAGUGAUGUGGUAGGGAGGGAAGCCGGGAAUGUAUCCUUUUCAAAACAAAAUUAAAUAUUUUGAGACGAGAA